GACAAGCAAGCGUCAGUGGCCAUCACCCGUCGCUGUGCUGUGAGUGAGACGCGCAAACGCUCAAGUCCAAUCAAUCAAACAGGGCCUCGUUUUCGUCCGCUCGCCCUCUUUCUCUCUCCUCCUCACAUCCUUUUGUUCCCUUUCGCCUUUCGUUUUUGCCUCAUGUAAUUGCCUGCAGCGUUUCGCCGUCAUACCAAAACCCCCCCAUCGUCCAUGGACUCAUCCUCAUCCCCGCCCUCCGAUCCUUAUCCGCCGCACGGGCAUGGGCACCGCGAAACCCACGACGGCCCCGGCAGCCAUGACGCCGGCGAUGACGUCGCCGCCACCGCCGAACAACUCCGGAGACGCUGGAAGGGAAAGGGAAAGGUCCUGGAGAUGCCUCCAUUUCCACUGCCGCUCGAGGACACCGGCACCCUGACCCUCCUCAAGUUGCCCGUCGACAUUCUGCGCUUGAUCUUCCAUGAGGUAGCUCAGCCUAACGAGGAAGAUUUGCUGACUCUGCUCCUUGUCAACUCGACGCUUCAUGACCUGGUGAUUCCAUAUGUGUACUCCGCCUUCAACAUCGUCUGGCCCGACGCCGACUUUUUCAGUAUCGGCGAACAACUCGAUGCCCUCACAUAUGGCCUCUCUAGCCUCGCCCUGGGUAGCCGUUUUGCGCGGACAAUGCACCGCCUGCAGGGCCUCCCUCCACCUAGAAAGCAAGGGAGUAAUGCCCGCUUCAUAAAGACCUUCAAAAUCAACAACGGCCCGACCAAGUGGGUGAAUGACUACUCCAUCACCAACGAAGCGGGCAUGAUGCUCAACACCCUCGUCGCCUUGGCUCUCCCCAAGAUGGCCAACCUCGAGUCGUUCAAGUGGGACAUGCCCACCGGCUUAUCCUCCAAUGUCUUCAUGGCUUUGGCUUCGCUCGAUGACGACUGUACUGGCAAGCUCGACGAGGUCUGGGUUCGCUGGCAUGAUGACCCCCCGUCCAGCUCGUCGUCGUCCAGUUCUCGCAUCUUCCACAACGGCCUUGCACCUCCACCUCCUCCGGGAAUUCAGCAGCCCCCACCGGCGCCGCCGUCCCCCCCGAGCAGCAACACGGAAUCUCUCGGCAGCCAGCCUUCUUCCCGCCUACUGUCUCCGUACCAGAGAGUUGCCUACGCGGAAUCUGACGUCCAGUAUCCCACUUACAGCAUCCUCCCUGCCCUCCGGAGCAUAGCUGCCCUGGAUGUCGACCAGUUAUCAUAUCUAGACGAGCUGGCGGUUCUCAUUGAGAGAUCCAAGUCCACGCUGAAAGAGCUCCGGGUUAGCAUCGCCACCAAGUCCGCGAGUGACGACUUUACUCAGAUCAAGGGCGAUCAACAUGGGCUACGGCAGUAUGACCCCGAAGCCCGCUGGCCCGGCGAGAGCAGGAUUGGAGACCGCAGAUUGGGUGGCGUCCUGGGCGUCAUCUUGGCCCGUGUUUAUGAUCUGCGAAAGAACCAUCCUCGUCCAAAAAAGGGGGAAACGGAUUCCGACGCCAAGCCAUCGAGCUCGAGCCCGAUACCGCCCCGGAUGGCGAGCACUUCUGCUAGUGCGGACCAAGGACUGGGACCUGCGCAUCAAAAUCCCGAGGCUGCUGCGCCACUUACAGAUCCUAUACCGAGACAAACGGCAUCGACAUUGAAUGACGGACCGGCUGGUUCUGAAACCCCAAGGAAGGAGGCGACAUAUGUCACAUCGUCUAAGACGGGGACGGACGUCGGCUGCAAGCUAGCGCUUGAGAGUCUAGAGUUAGCCAGACUCCCGCUACACACGGCACUUUCCACUCAUGCCUUUGACUGGACCGUCAUGACAACCCUGACGAUAUUGGGCUGUGACCGCCAGGAUCGAUUAUGGAGAGCCCUAAGGGAGCAGUUCCGACCAAUACCCCCGGGUAGAGCACCUCAUCGGGGACCUGGUGGGCGUCAGUCUAAAGAAGCCCCAACCUACCACCUGAAGCUGAAGAAUAUCCACGUCGACGUGACUACGUUCGCUUUGAUACAUUUUCUGAAGGAGACCCUGGCUCCAAACUCGCUCGAGGUCUUGUUCCUGCAUGACCGGCGACGUACAAGCCAUCCCGUGGUGCCGAUUGCGCCUAUCUUUACUGGAGUAGUCAAAAGACACCAUGCAAGCCUCAAGAAGCUCCUCCUGGACAGCUCUCACCCGGACAGGUUGCUUCAUCAUGGCGACGUUAGGCGCAUGUACUGGCCCUUGAGGAGAGAGAUGAUCCUGUAUGUGACGAGCGGCCGCAUGGGAGCUCUCAGGGAGCUCUCAGCCAGCAUACCUCCAAAGGAAUGGCAUACGGUUCUUCAGCGUCUACCCAAUAUCCCUAAGCUGACGGCGUUGCAUAUCCUCAGCCUAGGCAGAGAUUCGUCCACACCGGAUUCCAUGCAACUGGGGCAUCAGAUUGUAGACGUGAUAACCCUCCGCCCAGAAAUCCGGCUGUGCUUCAUCGGUAUCAAGGGCGCGUGCUUCCAAAUCGUGGAAUCCCGACGUGGGGCAGCCGAGUCAGAUUCCGGGUCAUGGAGCAGCGACUCGAUAUCGCUCCCAAGUAUGUCUUCGGAUAUGAACCCCCCGUCCAUAGAUGGAGCCCUGGGCGACGACGACAAUCUUCUAGCCGAGGACUCUGAUGAUGAAUCACAAUCCUCGAGAAGACAGACGGAAAAUGACUGGUCUGCCCUGGAGCGAGGUAAGUCGGAGUCGAACAAAACGUAUCGACUCAGAAAAAUCUUCUUCUAUGAUGAGAAGGUUGCAAUCUUCAGAGCUCGGCACGGUACCCUGUGAUGUGACGAGGAAGGAAUGCGUCUGCUUCCCCAACAGCCAUCAUUCGGCCCACCUUGGCAACCGUCGGCAUUCCUUUCAUCACCGAGGAGAGAAAUCCUUCUCAAAAGGAUGCUUGAGCUGAACCACAGCUGCCACAUUUAGACCGGCGUCCCCGGGGGGCAAAACAGAUAC